AUGCGUGUUUGGUUGUUGGCAUUCACCGUAACGCUAGCCACUGUCUGUGCGCUGUCGAGAAACCAGGAAGAGGAGAUGAAGGGCGGAGAUCUUGCCCCAAGGUUCACUCCGCUGUUCACUCGCGGACCCAGACCACCACCAGUCUGGAACACUCGUAUUCCUCCAUUCCAUGCCCAUUUCUCCAGAGGACACAACAGUAUGAAGCCACAUCACACUCACGCUUCACCUCACCCACAUUCUAAGGGUCCAGAUCAUCCCCAUACUGGAGGCCCAGAUCAUCCCCAUACUGGAGGCCCAGAUCACCACUCAACUAAGGCUCCAGAUCAUCCCCAUACUGGGGGCCCACAUCACUCAACUGAAGCUCCAAAUCAUCCCCAUUCUGGGGGCCCACAUCACUCAACUGAGGCUCCAGAUCAUCCAUCAACUAAGAAACCAGUUUUCGCGCAGUCUAAGCGUCCUCAUCACGGCCAUAGUAAAGGUCCGCAUCACGGCCAUAGUAAGGGUCCAGCUAUGUAA